AUGUCAUCCGUUAUUGCCAAAGAGAUCGCCCUGAUCACCGGCGCGAAUUCCGGAAUUGGCUUCGAGAUAGCACAUCAACUUCUCCAAAAAGGCACCUAUCACGUCCUCCUGGGUGCUCGCAACACCAGCAAAGGUGCUACAGCCUUGCAAGACCUGCAAGCACGCAACCUUCCCGGCAGCGCCGAGCUGAUGCACCUCGACGUGCAGAGCGACGAGCAUAUAAACCAAGCCGCUGCACACAUUCGAGAAAAGCAUGGUAAGCUCGACAUCCUCUUCAACAACGCUGCCGUCGCACUCCCAGAAGGCGCAACAGAGCGCGAAAGGAUGGCUGCAGCCUUCGACAUCAAUGCCACAGGUCCAUGGCUCCUCACAAAAGCACUCAUACCCCUUCUCAAGAAAAGCGAGAACCCCAGGAUCAUCAACAUAUCCUCUGGUGCUGGAAGUAUCGGUCGGCGACUCUUCCCCAAAAGCCCAAUGUACAAGAUUCAGGCCAUUCCGUAUCGUGCAAGCAAGGUGGCUUUCAACAUGCUAACCGCAUGUCUGUACGUUGAGUUUGGACUCGGCGUGAAGCAAACUUAUGCGAUGGAGCCGGAAUCAGGCGAGGAUGACGCUGGGGCUGUUGGUGAAACGGAUACGAAGGUGAAGGUUUUUUGCUACGAUCCUGGAUUCACAGCAUCUAACCUUGGGCCGUACAACAAGCAAGAGUUUGGUGCGCGAAGUGCUGAGAAGACGGUUGAAAGUGUCAUGGAACUUGUGGAGGGAAAGAGGGAUGCGGAGGUAGGCAAGUUUAUACAUAACUCUGGGGAGUAUCCGUGGUAG